AUGAAUGAGUUGGCCAUCCGCAACGCAGCCGCCAGGAGAUAUGCGCACGGAGAGAAGCUCGACCUCGUACCCCAUCACCCAUGGGAGCCAUUUGGCUCGGGGAAGUUCCCGCCCUUCCAAGACGAAUACCAACCGCGCUCGCUCCAGCCCACAGCGGAGGAGCUCAAGCCGGAGAAGCCUCAGCUCAAGAUCGUGGAGCCGCUGCGAGCCGGCAGAGACGUCGGCUCUCAAAUUCUGCUCUGCAAGGUCGUUCAAGCACCUACGGACCGCGACGGCGUCAAGAAGCACGCACCCUUUCCGAGUUUCCCCAGACAGAGCAAGGUAAGGCGACCAGACAACUUCGUCGUCGCAAAGGUAUUCGACCCCCGGCUCUAUCCCAUGCGCGGCGGACUCGACCUGGCCAACGAACCCCCCUUUGACGACGCCACCGUCGCGUACAGCGAGCUCUGCCGCGAGGCCGCGGUGUACCGGUUCCUCUACGAGAAAGGAAAGUCCGGACACCCUCACAUGACUGCUCAAUACUAUGGCUGCUGGGUCACCAACCGCAAGGCCUUGAACAGCGAUUCGUCCCCGGACGCCUGGGUCGGCCUCAUUCUCAUCGAGCACAUUGAAGGCCUUUCGAUUGAGGCCAUGUGCACUCGCGACCGUAACACCGGAUACCUCCAGCCGCCGCUAGGCAGGGAUGUUUCGCUUCAUAGCGAUCACGAAGCGGAGGGCAAGGGCCAGGCCAAGAUGCUGCCGCUGGAUCGCCAAGUAUGCUUGGACGCCAUCAAGAGCCUCCUCGGUCAGAUCGUUGUGUGCAUGCAUCUGGGCGUGUCCGUCCCCGACAUCUUUCCUCGCAACGUCUUCCUCACUCUCCGCAACAACGGCCUUGAUCUCCCGACGCCCAGAGUCGUCAUGUUGGACCACCUGUUCUCCUACGUCUGGGAGCACACCGAAGCUGGCAAGGCAGGGGUACCAGCCUACUUUGCCCAUAUGAAAUUGCCCCCCCACCCAUGGGAACAAUUCGGUAUACGCGGUAAGAUGCGUCAAUUCCUCGGUUGGAUCCCUGAGGAAUGGGAUGAUGGCAAAGCAUGGCCAGAGACAACGACCACCCAGGGGGCUGCUGCCACCACCGCAAAGUCCUUUGACGACUGGCUCGUGGACUGCUUCGGUCCUUUGCAAGACAGCAACCCAGAUUAUACCGUAUACCCAGAGGAGGUCUCUGACAGUGACGAGGAAGAAAAAGAAGAACCCGGGGAACAAGAUGAUAAAAUUGACGUCUCGGACGAGGGAGAACCUCAACUAGACGUGGAGACCGUGACCGAGGCCCGCGCCACCCAGGACAUCUCCCCCGGCUCACCCACGCGCAAGGCCGCAGCGGAAGAAGGAGAAGGAGGGGAGCAAGAAUCCUCAACGACGUCAACCAGCUUCAUGUCCCAGGUCGCCGACAGCCCCUCUCACCAGUAUCUUGGCGGGCUCAUUGUUCGGGAAGCCACCGGCUCGGGCUCGGGUAGCGACGACGAGCAGCAGCAGCAACCGCCGCAGUCCUAA